AUACAAAAAAUUUCCCAUAUACAUUUCUUUAAUCUAAUAUGAACUUUUUUUCCAGAUUUAAAAGAAAAGAUUUACAUCUAGAUGCAAACAGAAACUUGAAUGAAUCACCGGCUAAUGUCAAUAUCUAAUCAUAAAAAAAUACAGAAAUAAAUGACGACCAGAAAACCCGUUAUUUACAUGUGAAAUUGACAACAGCAGGCUAUCAUUCAUCAGAAAUAAUAGAAAUCGGCAUAACUAUUGGAAAAGAGCUACGGAAGCAAUUCAACAGUGCACAGAACUGCAUAGUGAAGGAAUCCGCAACUAUUGGAAAAGAGCAAGGGAAGCAAUUCAACAGUGCACAGAACUGCACAGUGAAGAAAUCUGUUAGAUUGGAAAUUGAUGAAAAUUUGACACUUUAUUUGUUCAGAUAUCUCUGAGGCAUUGUGGUUCAAUUUGAUUUGAUGAUUUAUUGGUUUGAAAGCCUGCAGAAUAUUUAACGAAUUCUGGAAAAAUCAAUGUGAAUUGAAUUAUUAUAAUAAAAUUUUCAGCUGUGGAGUUUGUGGGGAUCGUAAAAUGUUUGAAUGAUAUUGAGUUUAGAAGAUUUGGUUUUUCGUGGUAAAAGUGCUAGAAACCAGAAUUUGAAAGGAUAUUGAUUAUUGAUUAUACAAUAGAGCCACCAGGCAGGAUUUAAAAAAAAUCAGUCAAUGUGAUCAAGUUAAUAAAAACAUAAUAAUCACCAUAAUCUACAAAAAUUACAGGAAGUCUAUUAAUUCUAAACAAAUUAAAGUGUUGAUAUGAAUCAUUUAAAAUUCUGAUUGGAAUUCGUUCAGAAAGAAGAUUGUUAUUAAGGAUAGGAUAGAAAGGAACAAAUGAACCAGAAAAUCUUAUAAUUUGUUUUGUGGUUUCUGAAAUUGUCAUGGAUAUUUGAACUUUGACAUCAAACAGAAGUUUUAAAAUAAAUUAAAAAUUUAGCAGUGAAAAGCUCUAACUUAAGUUUCGAGAGAAUUUAUUGGAUAAAAUGUGCUAUGUUAUUAUAACAUGUCGAUCUUUAGGCUGGACCUUACUCUCCAUAGCGAUUACAUUGAUGAUUGUGGCAUCAGUCGUGUCCCCUUAUUGGUUAGUUGGACUUCCUACAAACCAAAUUCAGUCAGUAAAAGCUAACAAUACACAAUUUAUCAUCGAAAAAUUUCGACCAACGCUUGGAAUAUUUAAUCGAUGCCAGAGAUUAACACGAUCUGACUACACAUUGGGCAGAGUUACGUGUGCAAAUUUUGUGACUGAUUUUAUCGCAGAAAAUGACGAUUUUCCACAUGCGUGGAAGGCUACUGUGAUAUGCUUUGCCUUAGCCGCUCUUUUACUGACCACUUCAAUGAUCAUGUCAGCAAUGAGUUUAUUUGCUCGCUCAGUCUGCGGGAAAAGUAUAUUUACUCUAGCUGGGCUCAUACAGAGUAUUGCAGGUUUAUUAUGUGUGAUUGGCCUGGUUAUAUAUCCAGCUGGCUGGGGUACAGCAAGGGUGAAACGAAACUGUGGGGAAUACGCAGAUCCAUAUAUCAUUGAUAGAUGUUCACUUGGUUGGUCAUUUUACCUGUGUAUUGUGGGCACAGUAUUAACAUUUGUGUGUUCAGUGUUAUCUAUUCAAGCAGAACAUUCCACAUCCAGCAGAAAGGUCGAAGAAGAGGUCAUGGAAGGAAAAAAUCUCAUCUGUGUCUUAUGAAUGUUUUAAUGAACAGCAAUACAACAAGGGCAUAGUUAGAUACAAACUUAACCAGAUCUGAUGUUGUAAAUAAUGUUAUACUCUAUUCCAGUGUUUUGACCAAAUUAUGUAGACCAAUUUAGUUAUAUUAGUGUGGUUGAGAUCACUCCCAGGGAUUUAGACACAUUGCUUUUAUUAAUGUUUAGUGCUACAAGUGGUGCAGAAACUACUAAUCUAUCCUGUGCAUAAGAGAUCAAUACCCAGUUUUUGGCGGGGUGCAUUUUGUUACCAUUAAUGUGCAUCUGAGAAAACAUGCAGGAUCAUUUAGUUACCUUUCAUAGGCAUUUUUGGCGGGAUUUAUCUAGUUUGCUUUCCUAGGCACCAGCACAACACCCAUUUUUAACCAGGGUUCAUUAAGUAAAUUCUACUUGGACAUCAGAGACAACACCCUGUUUUUGGUGGGGUUUAUUUAGUUGCCUUUUGUGGGCAUCAGUUACAACACCCAGUUUUAGGCAUGAUUGAUUUAGUUUCCUUUCUUGUACAUCAGAAACAGAACACAGUUAUUGGCAGAAUUCAUAGAGUUACCUUUCCUCUGCACCAGAGGCAGCACCUAGUUUCUGGCAGGGUUCAUUUAGUUAUCUUUCCUGUGCAUUAGGAAAAACACCCAAUUUUGGCGGGUUAAUUUAGAUUUUUUAAAUCUUUCCUUGGCAACAGAGACAACACCCAUUUUUUGGCAGGACUCAUUUAGUUACCUUUCCUGUACAACAGAGAUUGGACAUGCUAGAUGAGACCUAUAUAUAUAUGUUAAUUUGAAAUAUCUGAAUAGAAUUACAAGGAAAAGUAUGAAUUAAAACAGUAUUUUAAUUUUUAGCUUAUUUUUCAGGCUCUUUAUAACAUGUAUAACAAGAGGGGUAACUCUAGAUGAU